UUAGUCAGUUUUAAAUAAAGCUUUCUUGUAAAGCCGGUACUCUCCUCUUGCUGUCUGACGGGCAACAUUUCGGCGCGCCUCCCAUCACAAUGAGUAUUUUUCCACUCGGAUACUGAAAAUGACAACGUGGCUUGGAUUCUGUGAAACCAUGGGCAAGAUUUGGAGUCAUUUGACUUGUUUCGGUCAUUUUGUGUUUCCCUGUCGGUCUGGUUUUCUGUGUGCGUGUUUCUGCUGUGCAUGUCAGUAUGAAUCAGUGCGCCUAGUAUGAGCGCUAUGUGCGCCUAUUACGUGCGUCCCUUAUGUCCAUUAACAACCCAUCCCUGCUGGAAGAGGAUCAAGUGCCCUUGUCGUUCACCCGUGGAUGAAUGUUUCCCACUUUGCCACCUCACCGCCCAAGUCAUCUACAGCAUAAUGAUUUGUUAAAAAUAGACAAUUUGGGUGAGCAGCCUGGACAAAUAGGCUUAACAGCAGGGCACCGACGACCAAUGAGAGGCGAGCUCCAUUAUCAACAAAAGACCGGGAAUCCGGUGCCAAAAUGACCGGCUGUGGAGCGUUAAGGGCGGCUGUGGAGAGAAGGGGGAGGGCCUCGGGGUGAGAAACGUUUCAAGGACGAGGAAGGAAGCAUGAUACAGAAACAUCUGUAAGGACAUAUAGGAGACUCUUUUAAAAAGGAGGAAAGUAAAGCUGCCGGCGUCACACUAGCAGGGUGAUUUGUCUGAAUGGGGCUAUUUCCAAGGGCACUGAGGUAAGCAUGGGCACAUCGGUGGAGAGAGAGAGAGGUUGGAGGUGUGAGUAGCCGGCUCCAGGAGAAUGACUGGAGACAAAGAGAUAACGUGUCUUUAGCUUCUUCAAUUUACGUUGAAAUUGACAUUCUCACUUAUGUAAUAGUAUAAUAUAGAUAAGUCGACUGAAAUAAAGACUCGUUUUUUGAGGGUUACAAGUUUUCUUCCCCCCUUUCCCUCAUCCUGCUCCCCCUCCUCCCUGCGUGAGGAUGGAUGGGGUGUCUGGAGGUGUGGGUACUCCCAGUAGUGGCGGGGGUUCAGGGUGUGACAGCCUCCCCAGGCGUACCAGAGGGGACUCGAAGCGGCGCAGUAAGGGCAGCCUGCCCUCCCCGGGGUACAGGCUGUCCCAGGCCUCCCUGGAGGGGGAGAGGGGCUGCUUCGGGGGGGACAGCGCUUCCUCAGGUGGACGCGCUCGUCGCCUCUCCAUCAUGAGCUCCUCCAACAGGGACGGACUUUCCUUCCGCACAGCUGGCACCCCAACCACCCCGGUGCCCCUUCCUCCCCCGCCCUCUUCCUCCUCAGCCCAUCCUCCUCCUCGCUCAGUGGGCUUUGCCGCCUCCCGUGCCGCCCUGCCCUCCACCUCUUCAACCGGGACCGGAGUGAUGGUGGUGGCCACCGGCCCAGAGACCACCACCACUACCACGUGCAACACCACUGCAGCAGGGACCCCUGACUUGAUGGGGCAGUGUGGACUGGGUGCGUUUGGCUUGGGCCUGGAUGGGGAGGACUACAGCACCUCCAACCAGAGCACCUUCAUCCAGAGACAGUUUGGAGCCAUGCUGCAGCCCGGGGUCAACAAGUUCAGUCUGCGUAUGUUUGGGUCCCACAAAGCUGUGGCACUGGAGCAGCAGAGACUGAAAUCAGCAGGGUCCUGGAUCAUACACCCUUACAGUGACUUCAGGUGGAACGUGGUGGGCAUCCAGGGCUCUUUGAUGAGCUACUUCACAGAGCCUAUCUACUUCUCUAGCAUCAUCCUUGGCAGCCUUUACCACGCUGACCACCUCUCCAGAGCCAUGUACCAGCGCAUCGCAGAUAUCGAGGACCUGCCGCAGCAGUUCAACCUCAACAGGCCUCUGCUCAGUGAAUGGAUGACCCGCUGCAGCCUGCCCUUAUCCUUGGCUGUGGCUGCAGCGUACCAGAUGGUGAUGGAGGAGGUGAGGAUGGACUCGAUGAUGGAGGUGGCGAUUCGCCAGAAAUAUCUGAAGAACUGGUUCCUCGUGGACUUUGUGUCCUCCAUCCCGGUGGACUACAUCUUUCUGAUGGUGGACAGUCUGGACUCCGAGGUCUACAGGACGGCCAGGGCGCUGCGCAUCGUCCGCUUCACCAAAAUCCUGAGCCUUCUUCGACUGCUCCGCCUGUCCCGACUCAUCCGCUACAUCCAUCAGUGGGAGGAGAUCUUCCAUAUGACCUAUGACCUUGCCAGUGCCAUGGUGAGAAUCGUGAAUCUGAUCGGGAUGAUGCUGCUGCUGUGCCACUGGGAUGGCUGUCUGCAGUUCCUCGUGCCCAUGCUGCAGGACUUCCCUCCUGACUGCUGGGUUUCCAAGAAUCUGAUGGUGAAUGACUCAUGGGGCCUCCAGUACUCCUAUGCUCUAUUCAAAGCCAUGAGCCACAUGUUGUGUAUUGGGUACGGAGCACAGGCUCCAGAAGGGAUGACUGAUGUGUGGCUCACCAUGCUCAGCAUGAUCGUAGGGGCCACCUGCUACGCCAUGUUCAUCGGACACGCCACCGCUCUCAUCCAAUCUCUGGAUUCUUCGCGGCGACAGUACCAAGAAAAGUACAAGCAGGUGGAGCAGUACAUGUCCUUCCAUAAACUUCCUGCAGAUGUGCGUCAAAAGAUCCACGAAUACUAUGAGCACCGCUUCCAGGGGAAGAUGUUUGACGAGGAGAACAUCCUUGGAGAACUCAGCGACCCACUGAAAGAGGAGAUAGUCAGCUUUAACUGCCGGAGCCUGGUGGCUAACAUGCCGCUGUUUGCCAAUGCCGAUCCCAACUUUGUGACAGCAGUGCUGAUCAAGCUCCGCUUUGAAGUGUUUCAGCCUUCAGACUUCAUUAUCCGCGAGGGCACAGUGGGACGGAAGAUGUAUUUCAUCCAGCAUGGGCGAGUUGGUGUGCUGACCCGUGGCAACAAAGAAACCAAGCUGAGUGAUGGCUCUUACUUUGGAGAGAUCUGUUUGUUGACUCAUGGACGGAGGACAGCCAGCGUCCGUGCAGAUACAUACUGUCGCCUGUACUCGCUCAGUGUGGACAACUUUAACGAGGUGCUGGAGGAACAUCCCAUGAUGCGUCGUGCCUUUGAAACUGUCGCUGUUGACAGAUUGGACCGAAUCGGCAGGAAGAACUCAAUGCUUCUCCGGAAGUCGUCGCAGGGCGGUUCUCUGGGGGGCAGUAUGGGUCGUGGAGGCCGGGGUGGAGGGGGUCCAGGAGCCAGGGGAGGUAUGGGCUCCUGUGACAGCAUGCUGGUGCAGCAGAUUGUCAAACACGACAGCAUGCCGGCGAUGCAGGAUGCCAUUGCGGCCGCUGCUGCAGGAAGAAGCGGAGUCAUGGGAAGAAGUGGCUCGGUGUCUCCUCGGCCGCGCCCGGUCAUCUGGGCUCCGCUGGUCAACGCCCCCCUGCAGGCGGCUGCUGCCACCAGUAAUGUAGCCAUCGCCCUCAUGCACCACCAGCAACAGCAACAGCAGCUGCAGCAGCUGCAGCAGCAGCAUGCACUGGGAGGGGCUUUCUUCUUGCCUUCACCUCUUGUGUCUCCCUCUCCGUCCUCUACCUUUUCUUUGUCUACCCCUCGUCCUCCUGUGUUACAGCCCCUCCGCCCGUCUGUGAGCUCUCUCAUCGGCAUGAUGACUCUGGGAGGGAUGGGAGGGAUGGGAGGAAUGGGUGGUUUGUCCCCCAGAGGAUUUCCUGCCUCUCCCUCGACCAUGGGCCCUCCUGGUGGGUUGAUCUCACCCCCGAUUGCCAAAACUCCACCCAUACCAGCAUCCUCUGUCCCAGCAUCUGUCCAACCAGGCAGGACUCUUCAUACCAGCCUCCGCCUCCAGGCUGAUCAUCCCUCAAUGAUUGCUGGAUCACUAGGAACCCCGACAGGUGGAGGGACACUGACUCCACCUCUCCAUAAAGUACCUGCCGCCAACCCCCCUGCUGCUUAUAGAGCCCCGUCAGACGGCAACACUUUUAUGAUGGGCCACCAGGGGGCAAAGGAAGCUUUGUUACGUCAUGGUGGAACCAGCUCUCAGGGUCUGCCGGCGCUGGGCAGACUCACCCAGGAGGCCAGGCUGCUGUCUGCCUCGCAGCCCACCCUGCCUCACCGCUCCUGGGUUGGAGUGCAGCCUCAUCCCCCUCUCCCCAGGAAGGCCUCUGGUGGUAAUUUGCUGGUGGCUCCUUUCCUGGCAGGGCAGUUAGCCAGGGGAGGCAGUGCAGGCAUGCUGACCUCAAACACUCCAAUACAGCUAGUGACACAUAUUCCAUUUAACGCACACACACACGCUCAGGCCGCAUUUCCUAUUCAGCCUGCCUUAGCACAGUAUCUGCCCACACAGGCUGCCCCUCACAGCACCUCUGUACCUGCAGCCGCACACAAGCCUGCAGCUCCCCUAACAUAUUCCUCCCCUCCAAAGCAGACCCCUCUCUCUUCUCCCACCCCCUCUUCUCCUACACCUAUACUCCCGCCUACACCGCACCCUAAACCAAUCUCAAUGACACACUCCUCCUCUCCUCCUCGCAGCUGCACCCCUCCUUUAGCAAACCCGCUGUCGCUCUCCUCAACUCCUCGUCCCAAACCAAUUCCUACAUCUUCUCCCCGCUCGUCCUCUCCCUCUCCCUCCUCCACACCUCCCCCAUCUUCUGUUUUUACCCCUAUCCCACCACCUCAAACCUAUGGGCCAAAGUCAUCUUUCUCCCCUCCAAAGCAGACCCCUCUCUCUUCUCCCACCCCCUCUUCUCCUACACCUAUACUCCCUCCUACACCGCGCCCUAAACCAAUCUCAAUGACACGCUCUGGCUCCUUCUCUCCUCCUCGCAGCUCCACCCCUCCUUUAGCAAACCCGCUGUCGCUCUCCUCAACUCCUCGUCCCAAACCAAUUCCUACAUCUUCUCCCCGCUCGUCCUCUCCCUCUCCCUCCUCCACACCGCCCCCAUCUUUUGUUUCUACCCCUAUCCCACCACCUCAAACCUAUGGGCCAAAGUCAUCUUUCACCUACUCCUCUCCCCCAUCCUCCUUGAUCACCUCUAUCCCACCUCGUCCCCAGAGCCCCCGAGCCAAGGCGUCCAACACGCCUCCUUCUCCUUCUCCAUUGUCUGGCCCAAGUCCCGCACAAACUCCAAUCCCUUCCCCGAUACUAACACCCACUCAGACUACCCGUACACGCACUUCUACCCCUGCCCAAACACCUACACAGACCCUUAGUCCUACUCCUUCCCAUUCUCCGGUUCCUGUGACACCUGCCCCCUCUGUAAGUAAAUCCCUGAGUCCAACUCCUUGUCUCCAGCCCUCAAUCUCCAGCUCAGCUAGAGGCCCCAACCAGGGCCAGAUCCCCAAACAGACCCCAACACAAACUGCAUUGUCUGCCCCGACACCAGCUAGUGUUAGCUCUCCACGUAAAAUAACUUUCUCAGUUCAUCCUGUGCAGCAAACCUCUCCUGUCCUUACUCCAAGCCCAACUUAUGUCUCUGGUCAUUCAACCAAACCAAUCCCGGGGACAACAUCAUCCUCAUCGUGUCCAAGCUCGAGCUCCACUAAGCCUUCAUCUCUGACCUCCUCUGGUAUCCAUUGUGCCUCUUCUCCCGUCCUAAAACAAAUAUCAACCCCAACAGCUGCCCCUACCCACUCCACAAAACUCAAUACCCUCUCUAUUCCUGCCGCUCAGGCUUCCACCACCUCGUCCACCCAGUCAGCACAUGCAGCCCCCCUUGCAAAGGCCACUGCUCCUAAAGGUGGGAAAAAAGACCCUCCGCAUUCAUUGCCUGAAAAGACUAAGAGGACCUAAGACACAAAAGGCCCGCUGUUGAUAAGCAGAGCCAUUGAUAUACAGAGUGGUGUCACCAGACAUCAAAUAUGUCAAGUGGACAGGUCUAUAUUUUGCAUAUACUCUAUGUGAUUGUCUUAGAGCAUCAGGGGUUCGUGACUCUCGACCCAAGCCAUCGAUGGAAGAGAGAAGACUUUAUUGGUGAUUUAAAAGGUUGGCCCAGGCAACGGUAGAGUCUGAUCAAAUCCAUCCCAAUGUACAAUACAUACAUAUCUGUGUUAGUGAUUGUUGGAGCAAGCAGGGGAGCUGAAGUGAAAAUGAUAUGGAAGCAAUAGCUGAAAUAAAAAAAUCUCCAUUUAUUUGACAAUGGAAAAAGCAAUAUGUGUGAAACAUUGUAGGCUCCCUUAAUGUGACAGGAAAUGAAUUUGAGAAAAUAAUAAUUUCUCUGCUAUUGGUAUUAAAGUCCAUCUUGGUGACGGUUUUAAAUGCAGGCAGCAGAGCGGACACUUUCUGGUUUCCAGCUCCAACUCCCUCUUGCCUCCCAUUCUGCACCAAAGUGUAAUAUUUUAUCAUCCAAAUAAUAAUAAUGAUAAGAAAAUAGAGAUUAAAAAUCACUGUUAAGACGAUGCUCAUAUGAAUUGGAUUCAAUAGGAGCAGUCCACUGGUAGUUUUGUUGUCACAAGUGUGUGGUGUUUAGUUUUUGAUCAAAACAAAACUUUUAAACCUACAUGAUUUUUCUAUAAUGUGUUUAUUUGUUUGUGGCAGACAAUCUUGCUCUGCACCGUGGCUCACUUUAUUUCUAUUCCAUCCUGCUCCAUGAACUGUAAAUACGUGCCUCUCUUUGGGUCUGUUGUAAGCUUCAUCACUCUUCAGCCUCUCUGUCUUUCAUCUCUUCUCUGUCUCGCCGCCUUUCAUCUGAUUUUCACAGCCGUGGUCGCUAAAUGCUUCGCUGGCUCUCACAGAUUCUCUCCCUUUCUCUCGGUUUACCCAACACUUGCUCUGUGUGGCAAUCAGCCUCACGUUCAAAUGGCUCUUUCUUCUGUCGUCCUACAACACUUUUUCAGCAACAUUUUCAGUGAUGUUUGAUGUUUUGUGUGAGUAGCAACAAGACAUUUCUGUCUUAACCCCUGAUACCAUGUUGCCUAGACAAUAUAUUAAAGGACCAAAUGUUUUAUUUUUUAUUUAUUACAGCUUUAGCUUUAAAACUGAAAAUAAAUAGCUAUUAAUGCUGAUUUAAAGAUGAUUUUGAGAGCGUGGUGUUUAAGGUGAUGAUUAGGAUUACAUUCUUGACAACCAUAACAGUAAUGAUGAAGGUGUAUAUUUGGAUGUAAGAAU